GUCGCUGAAGUCUAACAACGAAUGCCAUCUACAUACUUGGAUUUUAUUUGAUUUCUGAACUUUGUUUAAGAAAGAAAACCAACAUCUACAGUUGCCAUGUUUCAUUCAAAUCGUAUUUCUGUAGCUGACUAUCACAAAGACGAUGACUUGCACAUAGCUGAGGAAGUCUGCAGAUGUUUUGAUAAAAACAAGGAAAACUAUACAGACUUUACAGUCAACGUCGGCGACACCAAGUUCAACUGUCACAAGUUUGUCUUAAGUUCCUGCUCUGGUUUCUUUGAAGCUCUCAUGAGGACAGAUAUGAGAGAAAAAUCUGAAUCAAGCUGUACCAUAGAGGGCAUCUCACCAGAAAUAUUUGGUCUAAUACUCGAUUGUAUUUAUAAAGGGAAGGAUGUUUUAGACAUGGAAAACAUGCUUGACAUGUGGCACGCAUCAAACCAACUGCAGAUCAAAUUUUUAGUUUCAUUAUGUGAAAACUUUGUAAAAAAAAGUGUAAAUUUACAAAACUACUGGGAAAUAUUUACUGAUGCUAAGCUGCUGGAUUCUAUUAACGUCACAACUAGAGUUAAACAGUUUAUGGUGAAAAAUUUUGAGAAAAUUGUUGAAUCAAACGACUUCAUGCAACUUUCUUUUGACGAUUUCAAAUUUAUUUUAAUGCACAGUUGGUCCAUUUCAGCCGAUAUUAUUGUAGAGUCAGUUUUAAAAUGGACAAAUGUAGAUGACUUUUACCUUCUACAUGAGCCAAAAUAUUUUAUCAAAGCGCCAAACACUGAGUCAAAUAAUUGCCAUCUAAAGUCACUUUGUAGAAAAGGAAACAUUUCGAAAAGUGACCAGUUUAUGGAAGCAUCAUACCUCCUUUCACGGUUACUUGUAUAUGUUCCUCUCGAGGGAGCAAGCGACGAAUGUUUAAACAAACUUAUGAACAACAAAUUUGUCUUGGCAAAUGAUUAUUCCAUAACUCGUGUAAACAGGAUCGUUGCUUCAAGAUUUACUCUAGAAAAAAUUAAAACCGAACAAAAUGCUUGUAAAAGACGUGAAAUCGAAUUCGGUUUUGCCACAAGCAAGUUAUAA